GACCGUUGCACGUUAAUAGGAUGGCGUCUGUGGUGUUGCGGCAAUUUCGAAGGGACGUAGCGAGUUUUGAAAAUUUUGACAACGACGUCGAGCAUGGCAGAUAAUCAGCAAAGUCGAUUCGAGAAGUCCCUCGGAUUACUGACUACCCGCUUCGUCACCUUGCUGCAGAAAGCGAAGGAUGGCGUGCUAGACUUGAAAGUCGCUGCAGACAUCUUGGAAGUAAGACAAAAACGACGAAUCUAUGAUAUCACAAAUGUCCUCGAGGGUAUUGGCCUCAUAGAAAAGAAAAGUAAAAACAGCAUUCAAUGGAAGGGUGCGGGACCUGGUUGCAACACUCAAGAGGUUGGGAACAAGCUGGUCGACCUGAAAGAAGAGAUCAGGCAUUUAGAAGAUCAUGAACAUUUAUUGGACAUGCAUACACAGUGGAUUAAGCAGAGUAUAAAGAAUAUACAGAACGAUGUGAUAAAUAGGAAGUAUGCAUAUAUUACUUAUGAGGAUGUGAAGGAGAAUUUUCAGGAACAGUAUGUACUAGGAAUGCAAGCUCCUCCUGAUACACGAUUAAAAGUAUUAAAUCUUUCAAAAAUACUUGAAAAGGAAGAUGCAGUGUUAAAUUACAACAUGCAUUUAAAAAGUUCUUCAGGAGAAAUUAAGGUAUAUACAAUCCAACCUGAGUUAGCUAAAACCUAUGAUAAUAAAGUAUUAGAGAUGCGGUUACAAGAGGAAUUAAAAGGCACAAAGCGUAUGAGCGAGGAGGAUGAAAAGAAAGAAGAGGAAGUUACUGCAAAACCAAAGAGGAAAGUCGGCAGACCACCAAAAAGCAGCACUAAGCCAGAUCCAGUAUUAUCUGAUGAGGAAGAGGAAGAAGAUUCGGAGUUAAUAGAAGCCAAGAUAAUACUGCGUGACAUUGACACUACAGACAAUUUCCAAAGUGAUAUGGACUUGUUUGAGCUACUUUAUUCUGAUUUUUGUGGACCAUUAGUGAGACUCAGCCCACCACCAGGAGAAAGAGAUUACCAAUUCAACCUUAGUGAGAGCGAGGGUAUUUGUGAUUUGUUCGACAUCGCAACGUAAUGAGUGUCGAUUUAGCGUAACACUUCGAUUUACAAAAUGGACUGUGCCAACAGUAAACAUUGCGAAAUCAAUUUGGGCAUGAUUAAAAUUGGCAUUAAGGAAAAUUUGUGCAUAUAAUUUUAGAGAUAAAUGGGAAUCGCAAUCAUUGAAAGAGAAUAUACAGUAUUUUUUUAUUCUAUUAAAAAUUUGAGAAACUAAUGCAACAUUGUAAAAAAUACCUUUGUAUAACAUAUGUUUCGGCUGCUAUUUUUGUUUUGUACAGUGGUGAGAGUAGGAAAAUACAGUUUUCAGGAUGUCUUUUUAUACACUUAUUAGAGAGAAAACCCUUGUAACUUAAGUUGGAUUAUCAUGCAAGCUUGCUUCAUGAAUACCAUUGUACAAAAAUUAUGAUGACGAUAUUAAAUACAUGUAUAAUUAUAUAUUUGAUAUAUAUAUAUAAUUAUAUAUAUUUAUAUAGCGAAUCGUUAUAAAUUCUCUAUCGCAGUUAGUAAAUUGCGAUUCUACGUUAUAUACAAAAUAAGAAACUGGCUAUAAGAGUAUAUAUGUAUACACGCAGAGGGGAUAGUUAUACUUGCGUAAUUAGCACAAUACAUCGUCAUAAAGUUUUUCUCUAAUGUUCUCUAAUGUUAGAGUUUUGUAAGAAUUUAUCUACAAGUGUCGUUGGACGCGUGCGCGUCUUAUGCAGAAUUUGUAUUAUGUAUCAUUGUACACAUAUUCUGCAUUUUAAGAUAUUUUAUCGUAAUUAUAUGUACACACAAAGUCCCAUUUGCCACUGACAA